ACUUUCUCUCUCUUCGUUUUCUCUCUUCAUUCUCGCUUCGUUCUCUCUUCGUUCUCUCCUCUCAUUAUCUCUCUUCUGGUUUUUAUAGGUUUCUUCUCUUUCCUCUGAUUCUUCCAUGGCAGGGAGCUUAGCUGUAGCUCUCGGAAAAUAGCUUUUUUCCUGUAUUUUGACCCUAUUUUCUAGGGGAAUUUCAAUCUCCUUUUCAGGAACCCUAAGUCCUCUGUGUGGUCAUACGUAUGAACUGGUUCGUUAACCUAGGGUUUUUUUCAAAUUCGAUACAUUUUAUUAUAACCUGUCUCUUGAUUUUUAUCCUCCAUUUUUCCCCUCAAUUACCUUCUAAUUUUGAAAAACCACUGAAUCAUCGGUUAUAUCUGGAGAGAUGGAGUUCAGAAAACGUGAGAGUGCUCAAUUGAAGAGAAUGCCUUGCAAUUCUAAUACUGGGAGACGUCAGUCCUCAUCUCCUUCUGCCAUCGUCAUAGGCAGUGGGUUUGCAGGCCUUGCAGCUGCUCGUGUGCUUCAUGAUGCCUCUUUUCAGGUUGUUGUCCUGGAAUCAAGAAACAGAAUUGGUGGCCGUGUGUACACUGACCACUCAUUUGGUUUCCCAGUUGAUAUGGGAGCAUCAUGGUUGCAUGGUGUUUGCAAAGAGAAUCCGUUGGCUCCUCUGAUUGGAAGACUGGGACUACCGCUCUACCGUACCAGUGGUGACAACUCUGUUUUGUAUGACCAUGACUUGGAGAGCUAUGCACUUUUUGACAUGGAUGGGCAUCAAGUCCCUCAAGAACUAGUCACGGAGGUCGGCAAGUUAUUCGAGAGCAUCCUAAAGGAGACAAUAAAAGUAAGGGAGGAAAACAGUGAAGACAUGUCCGUACAGCAGGCAUUUUCAAUCGUUUUGGAAAGACGUCCAGAUCUAAGACAAGAAGGACUUGCGCAUAAGGUAUUGCAAUGGUACUUAUGCAGAAUGGAAGGUUGGUUUGCUACAGAUGCUGAUAACCUAUCAUUGAAAAGCUGGGAUCAGGAAGAAUUGCUUGCUGGGGGCCAUGGUCUAAUGGUCCGUGGUUAUUGUUCAGUUAUAAAUACCCUUGCUAAAGGCAUAGAUAUUCGCUUUGGCCACAGGGUUAUAAAAAUCUCUCGUCAUUACCAUGGAGUAAGAGUCACUGUCGAGAAUGGUAAAACCUUCAUAGCUGAUGCAGCUGUUGUAGCAGUACCCCUUGGGGUACUGAAAGCCAAUUCCAUAAAGUUUGAGCCAAGACUACCAGAGUGGAAAGAAGCGGCGAUAUCAGAUCUUGGAUUUGGUAAUGAAAACAAAAUUGCAUUACACUUUGAUAAGGUCUUUUGGCCCAACGUAGAAUUCUUGGGAGUGGUUGCUCCAACCACUUAUGAGUGCAGCUACUUUCUAAAUCUUCACAAGGCAACUGGUCACCCUGUCCUUGUAUACAUGCCUGCUGGUCGGCUGGCUCAUGACAUUGAGAAGAUGUCUGAUGAAGCUGCUGCUAACUUUGCUGUUUUACAACUGAAGAGAAUUUUGCCCAAUGCAUCUGAUCCUAUUCAAUACCUAGUAUCUCAUUGGGGCACAGAUGUUAACUCCCUAGGUUCCUACAGCUACGACGCAGUAGGAAAGCCUCAUGACCUCUAUGAGCGCCUCCGCAUCCCUGUGGACAAUCUCUUCUUCGCAGGUGAAGCAACAAGCAUGAGCUAUCCCGGCACCGUUCAUGGUGCUUUCUCUACUGGAUUAAUGGCCGCUGAAGAUUGCCUUAUGCGUGUUAAAGAAAGGUAUGGAGAGCUAGACCUGUUUCAGCCUGUGAUGGCAGAGGAAGCCGAUGCAAUAUCUGUUCCCUUGCUCAUAUCAAGGAUGUAAAGACUAUGCUAACAUAUACGAAUAAUUGUGUGCUUUGGAGACCUACUAUAUAGUUUUACUUGGCCUCAAGAACAAUAUAUACACUUGCGGCUAGAAUGCUAUUAUAGAUAUGACAGUUUUAUGAUGAUAUUUGAGGCUGGAGACCCAUUUAGCUGAAAAUAUUACUUGGUUCACUUUGAAUAAUAUAUGGCAGUUUUGUGAUGAUAUUUAUAGGAACCAGAAAUGGCCCACUAUCCAAGCCAUAAUUCUUGUUCACUAUCAGCUAGGGCAAUUCUUUAUAGCAUUUGAGGUAUUGGGAAGUGACCCAUUAAGGCCAAUAUUGCUUGGCCUACCACACUGAUAUAUGACAAUUUUAGGAUGAUAUUUUAUGAAGGGAAGUGACCCAUUAAGCCAAUAAUCCUUAUUCACUAUAGUUUUAUGACUGAAGGAGAGAUACAAUUUGAUAACUUCAUGGAAGUUCUAUAUGGUAUUUCAAGCAUGGGGAGAUGACCCAUUUAGUAAAAAUUUCUGGUUAAGUGCUAUUUGGCAGUUAUAUAUAAUGUUAGUUUGGAGAGGAACCCAUUGUGUAAAUGGAAUUCAAUAUCAGAGGUGUAAAGCUCUAUUGCCGUUAAAUGCAGGCAAGUGAGAGCCAAUAUAUUUCUUUAUGCACAAUGUGAAGAGAUUAAA